AUGGCGACACCGCGACGAUCCACCCGCGUCACUUCUGCCGCGCGCUCCAUUGCCUCCCAAUCUGUCACAUCCGCCGUCGUAGUUACGCAAGACACUCCGAAUCGUGGCCCAGGCCGCCCAAGAGCACUUCCGAAAGUCAAGUCUCGCCAGUCAACCGCAUACGGCGCGAGCGGGCGCAUUGGUGCCGCACAAGAGCUCACCGUACCCCAGACCGGAUUCGCAGAGGCGUUCCAAACACAACGAGGUGCCGCCAUUGCGAGAAACUCUGAGGAACACGAUGCGCGUAGCAGUCCUGCGGGACGCACAUCUUCAAGGAGGAGCGAGCGCGGUACCCCAUCGCAAAUGGACUAUGAGAGCGAGGACCCUCCAAGCGAGGAAGAAGAGUCGGACGACGAGGAAGAUAUCAGCGCAGAAACCUCAAAAUCCUUCGGCAUGAACCACGAAGCUGGCAUGCUGCGAGGACCCACCCCCUCAACACAGACACCCAAAACCCCUGCUGCCGUUGCAAGCAGCUCUGUUGCAGGCAGCUCAGCUCGCAGUCUUACAAAGAGAACCCGCUGGGAACCCGAGCACCGCCUACCGACAGCGGCCGGAGUUACCCCUCGAAAUCCUAUCGUCAGGCCAGCCGAAGAUUCAGCUGCAGGUCGUCCCACUCCGCGAAUCCCAGCCGCAAAACCAGUCCAAGCGGGAGUAACUCCCCGAGCCCCUCUUGCGAGACCCGACCAAGGAUCAAGGACAGGCGGCUUCACCCCUCGAGUACCUACUGAACGACCAGUCCCGGCCACUGGCGCUAGCGUAUAUCGCGCACCCUUGCGAACAGCCCAAGCAGCAAACGGCGGCCCCGUUGUCCCUAGAGUAUCUCCACUACGCGCUGCUCCGCGGCCUGUGGUAGAACCUGAAGUCGAGCCUGAGGCCGAGCCUAGCAUCACGCUGCUCGACAGGAUCAAGAGUUUCCCUUGGCACUAUUUCGCUAUAGCUGCUCUUGUCGCCCUGCUGGCUUUCACAGUGGGCUUGGCCGCAAAGUCUUCGUCUUCAUACACUCUUCCAUCUCAAUUCUCGGAUGGUUGGAAGAGCUUCACCGGUCGCUUUACACCUAGCACCUGGAUUCCCACUACGUCUUCGGACAACAGCGGCCUGAAGUCCCGUAUUAACGAUGUCGAACUCACCUUGAAAGAUAUACAGAGCUUCGUCCACAGUCUUGGCAAGGAAGUUCCGGACUAUGUAGUGGUCAGCCGUUCGCCAAGCGGUACAAUGAAUGUGCCCAAACAAUUCUGGGACGCCAUCAUCAGCAGGAUUCGGAAGGAGGGACCUAGCAUCGAGUGGGACACUUUCGUGCAAAAUAAUCAAGAGAAGUUGCAAGGCGCGAUCGGUACAGAAGCGGCUGUGCUCCGCAAAGACCUUUUCAAAGCCAUCGACAGCAACUUCAACGAGAUCGCAACCGACUUCGACAAAAAGCUCAAGGCACACACUAAUAUACUCCUAAAAGACGCCGAAAAGGUCGCCGCCAAAGAAGCAAAGAAGGUCGCCGUCGAACACGCUCGCCUCCGCUCCAUGGCGCUGAGCAACCUAAUCGCUAACAUCGAACUGCAACACGGCAAAGCGAACUACUUCUCCACAGGCCUAGGUGCUAACAUCAUCUCGGGCAUCACCUCUCCGACACUCGUCCCCAACACCGCCACUUUCCAAAGGUUCCUCCACAGAAUCAUCUCCCCGAAGAACAACCCCCCCUUAACCGCCCUCCAAACCUGGGACGAACCCGGCGACUGCUGGUGCGCCGCCCCAGACGACUCCCACACCGGAAAAGCCCAACUCGGCAUCCAACUAGGCGAACCCAUCCUCCCCACGCAACUUACCAUCGAGCAUCUCCCGCGCUCCUCCGCUCCCAGCGAAGACAUCGGCAGCGCGCCCCAAAACGUAGAGCUCUGGGUGCAGUCCUCCGAGCCUGCGCUCGUGCGCUUCGCCUUCGACGGCGACAGAUGCGAGGACGGGCCCGACGGCUGGCAAUGUCUUGGAAAAGUCCGGUAUGAUCGAAACGGCGCGAACCAUGUGCAGACUUUUCUGCUGGAUGGGCAGGCGCAGACGCCGGUUACGAAGGCGAUGUUAAGGGUGACGAGUAAUUGGGGGGCGGACCAUACGUGUCUAUAUCGGGUGAGGUUGCAUGGGGAGGGGCUGAGGGUCGUGCCGAGGGAGGAGGUUGGCGUUUGA